UGUUCAUUUCAUUCAUCGUGUUUCUGUUUAUGUUGCGUACUUUCGUGGCGCUUUACAAUUUUUGCUAUAAUUGUUUGUAAUUCAACGUAGUGUGUGUAAACAUAAAUAAAUUUCAAACAUUACAAGGAGUCGUGUAUAGAUGAAUACUAUAUUGUGACAAAAUGUCUACUAGAAGCGGUCGAAUUAGAGCUAGUGUUAUAGAAGUGAGUCCUCCCAGAACGCGUAAAGGUGUAUCACCGACGCGUUCUCCCGCCAGAACGCGGAAAAGUUCGCCGCCGCCGUCCGCGAAAACUCCGCCUCCUGCACGCUCACGUUCGUCUGGUCGCAAAUCUCCUGCGCGCAAAUCACCCAGCAGAAAACCAGCAUCUAAAUUUCCAGCCCGCAAGUCGCCUUCAAGAACUACUAAAGAGACAACAGAAGUUGAGGUAUUAUCCAGUGUACCCAAGUCUCCGGCAAAACGGCCUCCUAUAGACCUCGGUGUUUCGAUCAAACUAGAAGAUUUAUCCUCUAAACUUGAUUCCUAUCGCCGUUCUACCCGGUCAAAGCGAUUGGAAUAUUCCGUGAAAGAUCUGACAUCCAGUAUUACAGAGAAUGAGUAUUCCCUUGACAAGGCGAAUGGUUUGGAUUCAGGCGACAUUUACAGCCUGAGAAACAGGCGUCCAGUCGAGGAGGUCGCGCCGCGCAGGUCUAGUAGGCUGCGGGAAUUCAUUGACAAUGUCCCUGACAUCAGGCGGAGUCUUAGCAAAUCUUUAAGUCAGAGUAAAUCUGUAAGCAAAUCUGCCAGUAAAUCUUUAGAAACAUACUCAGAUGAGGACAAUUCUGAGGAAGAGUACCACAAAGAAAGGGAGAAGUCGAAGUCUGUGACAAGGAGGUUGGCGACUCCACUCCGGAACAGUAUCAAUAGCUUAACCCAUACAGCAAGCAAGUGGGAGUUUGGUGGUAGAAUUGGGUCCCUCUGUUUAAUUUUACUGAUACCUGCAACAGUAUUUUCUAUUUUAAUAUCUUGUAGGAAAUCUUGUUCACCAUUAUCAUUAUUAGAUCUGUCUGCAUACAAAUCUGUGCAAGUUUUGUUUAGUUUACACUCAUUGUACUUCCUCAUUGUGCAAUGUGUAAUCCAAGCUAUAUUUGCACUUGUACCAGUAUUUGGUGUAAGUUCAGACCGCAUGGAUGAGUCUGGUACAAGACACUGUUUUAAUGCAUUUUUCUCCAGCCUGGUGACAAUAAGUAGCCUCUUUGUUCUCGAUUACUUCCAUGUUAUUAACAAGGGGGCACUACUGAAUGAAUAUCUGACACUUGCAGUACUUUCAUACAUUUUUGCUGUUGUACUGAGCAUUGUGUUGUAUGUGAAGAGUAGUAAACUUGCAAAGGACAAGUUGAAUCAGUAUGGAACGACUGGAUAUACAUUGUAUGACUUUUUUAUGGGAAGGGAAAUUCAUCCAUUUAUCAAGAAGUUGGAUAUUAAGAUUUGGAUUUCAAGAAUUUGUAACAUUACUUCUCUCAUUUUACUGUCCCUGAUCUUCACACAAGGGCUUUCAAUACGAUUGCCUCACAAACAUGACCUGUCAUUGGAAAACUGGAGACAGUUUGUGGGUAGCAUGGAGUUGAAGCCAACAAUACUCGUGUUUGCUAUAAUGCAGAUUGUAUACAUUCUAAACUUUAUAAUGAAGGAGCACAAGAUCACGACGACGUUUUACUGGCAUUCAGAAGGGGUAGGGUACCUUCAGGCAGUUGCAAGUGCACUGUACCCAUACUACUUCACAACAAUAUCUAAACAUGUGGCAGACACAGACUUAGUUCUGUCUACUAACACCUUAAUCUCUGCUUCUCUACUAUAUGUGCUGGGAUUCUUUAUAAUGCUUGCUAGUAACAAUAUUAAACACGAAUUCAGGAAAAAUCCUCUACAUCUGAGCUUGGCAAACGUAGACUCCAUGCCGACGUUCCAUGGAAAGAAGCUGUUGGUCUCCAAUUUAUGGGGAAUCCUGCGUCAUCCGAACUACACAGGUGACAUAUUGAUUCAUAGCGCUCUAGCAUUGCCUGGGAUCAUCUCUAGACAGUAUAUAGCCGCAGUUCCGGCCAUCCUGACGAUCUUAGUACUGAUGCAUCGUGCGUGGCGGGACCAUGAACGGUGCAAGAGGCGCUACGGAGCAGCCUGGCAGAGAUACUGUAAGAGAGUACCAUCAGUACUCUUACCUAAAAUUCUUUAAUUUGUAUUCUGACUUACAUUAACUUACUGUUGUGCAUAAACCUCUUCCAGAAAUAGACUAUAUUAAUUGUUGCUGCUUGAAUGAAUAACUCAAUAUCUUAGAAAUCUCUAUAUAUAAAAAAUACAAACUUUAAUGAACUCGAAUGUCAGAUCUUAUAAAUUAAGAGCACAUUACCAUUGAGUAAUGUAGAUUUAAUUAUAUUAAAUGUAUUUUAGAUUAUUAUGUCAGAGAUUUUAAUUUAUGUACAUAAUUAUUAUAUAUGUAUACAAUUUCAAUGUAUUUGAAGCAAUAAUGCAUCACAGAUAAUGCAAUGAACAAUAUUUUCGAGAUCUCUGUGUGAAGAUAUUUUUAUUGAGGUUUUAUUAUACCUAGAUGUAUUGUCUACUAACAGUAGUUUAGUGUUUGUGUAAAAUUUGGUACUGCCUUACGAAACCACCGUACAAAAUUCGAAAUUUUAUUAUAAUAUUAGCUCUCUUUAUUACUAAUCUAAAUUAGGUAUUACAUUUUUUUUACAAAUUGACUUAUACAAUCACUAAUAUAGUGUUCGUAUUGGACUGGUGUGUUCAUGUUUCAUUAUUAGAAGAAAAGUGCAUGGAGAAUUAGCUAAUUCUAGAAAAUAUUUGUAACUUUUAAGACUAAUGAUCUGUUUGAUGUUUCUCUUUACUAACAUGAUGUGUUCUACUUAAUAAUUGGUUGCCAGAGUUGUUGCAUCUUGAUAAUAUUAUGAAGAGUUACAUGUUUAAUAUAUUAUUAUUAUUACACUCUUUUUAAGACAACCCUAAAAUACAUAUUUAGUACAAAAUUAUCUAAAUUACAAAAUUGACGAGGACCAAUAAAAUUAGGCGAAUAAUUUUUAAGACUCAUUUCGAACGUAGUUUGUAUUCUAGAAGUUAAAUUGUUAAAUGUAACAACAUUAUUUACAAUUUAUUACGAUCAAAUUAAUGAUUGGAUAUUUAUUAGGGCUCAAUUUUAUUAGUAGGUACUAAUUUGACGAAAAAUGAAAUUUUAAUUGUAUUUUUUUACGAAUUUUAGAUGCGGUAAGUUGGAAAUUUUGGCCGUUGUUUAUAAAAGUGCCUCUGUAUUAGAAUUAAUAUUGUUCGUAGAGUUGUUUCGGACAUUCAUUUUGUUGUAUUUGUCGAUUGCUCAAAGGAUUAGCACAAAUUAAAUAUUGGACUUACAUGUAGUAUGUCUAAAUACUUAAGUAUGCCGCCUUCUUGGAACAAUGAUGAAAUCUAGUUUUGUAAUCUUGCUAUGCAGCAACUUUUGCCAUAUUAGAAAGAAAUAAUGUUUUGUUCGAAAAUGUUCUUGCAUUUAAUUUUAAUCUUAAUUCUUCUUCUGGUGUGUUUUUAUGUCUUUCAUUUUUAAUUAUGCUUUUGUCAUAAUUUAAAUAAAGAUUUUGUACAAAGUGUAA